AUGGUUCAACAUCUUGAUCUGGACGAGCGCAAUCGGACACUAAGUCUCUUUGCAUAUCCGUCGUACUGCGCCGUCAUCUGUCUGAGCGAUCCGCAAUCCACGGCUCCUUUGAGCGAGCUCGUUAACGACCUCGCAGAUGUCGACGCUGUGUCAGACGAGCAGGACGCUGGGUCAGACGAGGAACACACAGUUUCAGACGAAGAAGACGCCGUGUCAGGCGGGGAAGCACAUAAGGGCAAUCAGCAGCCCUUCGAUGACCUGUGUAGGGAGAUAUUGGUAUCAUUCGGAAUUAUCUUCGCUCAAGAGUCAGCAUCGCGGAGAACAGUGCGUUCUCACGCCAAAAAAGAAUGGCUUGAGGCCCGACACAAAGACGACAUCCUCUGGGACUUAUGCUCGAAGAGGUGGCAAGAGAACCUCCUGUUCGAAUAUCUCCGAGCACCACCUACACGGAGCAAUUAUUCCGCUCGUGCUGAUUUCCCGCUCCUUGGAGAGAAGUUGGUGCGCCUUCAAGACUACAUGACCGUUCAGAGCCCAAACGAUUUCAAGACCCUUAUGUUCGAUCACAGAGAUCCCUUGAAAUUCUGGACGUUUGUCAUUGCACUCAGCUUUGGAGAUUUGUCUCUAUUAGUGAGCUUGGCUGCUUUGGUAGUAGCUACCGCCCAGCUUGCCAUAGGCGAUUGA